GCGGCCGAGCGGCAUGGCGUGGCCCUGCAUCAGCCGGCUGUGCUGCCUGGCCCGGCGCUGGAACCAGCUGGACCGCUCGGACGUAGCGGUGCCGCUGACUCUGCACGGUUACUCGGACCCGGGGAGCGAGGAGCCCGGCGCGGGCUGCAGCGUCUCGCGCGGGAGCCCGGCGGUCGCAGGCGCGCGGGAGCCUAGCCGCGCUGUGCCGCUCACCCAGUACCAGCGGGAUUUCGGUGUGCGAACUGCGCGCGCGGGGUCCCGGGAUGUGGCUCAAGAGCGCACGCCGGGGCCGGGCGGCCGCAGGGGUCAGUCCCUGGCGCCCCCCACCCGGACGAUCUACGUGCUGCCGGUCGGGGACGCGGACGCAGCUGUAGUAGCAACCACGUCCUAUAGACAGGAAUUCCAAGCUUGGACUGGAGUGAAGCCCUCAAGAUCCACAAAGGCAAGAGCAGCCAGAGUCAUUACAACUCACAGCUCCGGAUGGGACCCCAGCCCUGGGGCCAGCUUCCAGGUUCCAGAGGUGAGAAAAUUCACACCUAAUCCCUCAGCCAUCUUUCAGACAUCAGCUCCUCAGACUCUCAAUGUGUGACCAGUGGAAACCAUGGUUGGGAAAGCCAGACCCACCAGGCAGCGUCCUGGCCUGGUCCUCUGCUUACAGGACUAGCGUGGCUGCUGGCAUUGGGCAUGGUGUGGAGGCAGAGGGACAGUGCACCACCUGCUGCACUCAGCUUCCCCAACUGUCCUCCAGCAGUGGCAGGGAGGGAAACUUUCUUGUCUUGUCAUUUGACAUCCUUCAGUUUUUAAAUCUGAUGAUCCAUCCAGCUGUGACCUGAACUACUCCAGACUAAGAAACGUGACCACUAUCAAGCCUUUGGUAGGUUGGUUUUACACUUUGGAUGGUUUUCCCAAGAUGCACAUUUUUUGGUUUUGGGGUUUUUCUUUGGAUGACUUACAGUAGCCCCAGGCAGUAGCCCCAUCUUUUGCAGUGCUUACCAUUAAGUAAUUUAGCCCAGCAGUGGUGGCACAAAACCUUUAAUCCCAUUGGAGACAGAGGUUGCUCUCUGAGUCUGAGGCCAGCCUGGUCUACAGAGCAAGGGACAGGACAGCCAGAGUUGCACAGAGAAACUCUGCCUCAAAACAAAUGAGGAUGGGGGUUGGGGGGGGGAAUCCAUCUUAGGUUGCCAGGAGUGAUGCCUUUAAUUCCAGCACUCUAGAGGCAGAAGGAUCUCUGAGCUCAAUGCCUUCCUGGUCUACAUAACAAGUUCCAGGAGAGCCAGGGCUACACACCCUGUUUCAAAAUAACAAAAACCUUUAGGUGUUUGUGUGUGUGUGUGUGUGUGUGUGUGUCUUAAUAUAUAAUCACUUGCACACAACUCUCACGGUAGUGAUAUGUAUCCUAGGGAGAUCAUCCAUAUCUUCAAUUUCAAACAUAAUUUCUUCAUAGCCAAGAUGAUUCUGUUUCAAGCAAACAAUUCCUACAAGUGGGACGCUGUAAGCAUGAACGGCAUUCAUCCUAUGUUUCUAGGGGCUGAACCCUGUUUUACUAAUUUAGGUUGUCUCCCCUCAACACAAAGGGCCUACCCUGCAUACUCAUGAGGAGUGGCAGCAUGUCUGAGAGCAUCUCCUUUAGAACUUUAGGCUCCCCAGCUCUGGUUAGCUACUCACUACCAUGCUGAGGGGACAACUCAUCUUGUCUUUGGAAAACUUAUCUCCAUAAAUUCCAAGCAAGCAUGUCUGUGUGAAACAAGCCCAUUCCCCUUUGCACAACCCUUCAAACACUGGAAAGAGCCUAUGUCUGAGAGAUUUGUCACAGUGUUUGGUAAGAACUAUAAGGAUUUCCUUGUGGUUCCCUUUUCUUCCCAGGCUCUCCCUAUGGGAGUGUCCAGUUUUGGUGGUGAGGCUCAUGUUUCAAAGCCAUGGCUGAGGAAGGAGCUCAGACUUCCCACACAGCAUCCCUCCCCUCAGAGGUGUUAGCAGGCCCAGCCUCCCUCUUAGGUCCAGGAAAUUCUGUUGUUUCUAAAGGGAAAAUUGAAUAUGCAUACACCAAGGAUCCUGUUACUCUAGAUUUGUCAGCUUGUAUGCUCAGUGUUCCUAAGAGGGAAAAGAUUGCCUGCUGGGUAGAUUAACAAUUUAGUAAAAUGCAAAACUGUGCUGCAGCAACUUGUUAUAAACACAGGCAUAUCCCAUCUCCAUGGCGCCUCAAUAAUGACCACAAUAUAGUAUAACUAUGCUAAUAUCCUUGAAGCUUGUGAACUCCAAACCCUUCUUGCUCAGGGCUGCAGAUGCCUCCAGUGUUGUAGGUGUUGCCUUCUUCCCACUUCACUUCUCCUGCAUCCUUAAGUGGGAAAAGGGGCCAUCUGUGCUACUGCUGCUUCCUCACUAGCAGGGACAGUGGGCAUUUCUACUUCUGCAUUUGAAAGUAAGGCUGCUAUAACCUACACCCUGCUGGCUUGCUGGGAGCAUUCAGGGGUAAAGCCAGUCAAGCAUGGCUCAAUUGUCCUUUCCUGAUUAACUCUUCCUGGUCCUCUUGGUCCUGCUGUAGACUCUGGCAUGCCCCAGCUAAAAGCCCCCAGCUGUACUCUGCUAGUGACCACACCACAUGCACAAUAAACCCAGCCCUGCAUUCACUCUUGGUGUAGAGUUGCAUGACCCUGCUGCAUUUGGAUAGAAAAAGCACACCAGUCCCUUCCUGGUAAUGUCAUACUACAGUGGCCAUGAAGUGAAGCUGACCUCUGCUAGAUCACAGGUUAUCUAGAACCUCAGCAGUGUGUCACAUAGCUCUUCUCACCAGUCCUCAUGAGAAAUGAAAACUUGCUCUUAGGAAGGCACUCCUCAUUGCAGAUCUGAGUACGGCUACAUGAUUCCAUGAGCAGCCCAAGAAGCAACCAAGACCAAUGUCAGCCUUGUUCUCUUGGUCCUGAGUCCACCUUACACACAAUGUGCACAAAGACCAGAAAAAUACACUGGAGGAUGAGCAGGGCUCAUCUCUGAGAACGAGUGUGCAUAUGGUGUAUAUGUAGGUACAUAUAUGUGUGUACUCCUGUAUGUAUGGGGAUGUGUGUUCAUGUAUGUGCAGGUACAUGUGUUGAGGACAGAAGACAACUCAAAAGUAUUCUUCAGGAACCCUUCACUUUUCUCAUUGGUCCAGAGCUUGCAAAGUAGGUUAGGCUGGCUGUAUAGCAAGCCUCAAGUGAUCUACCCAUCUCUGCCUCUCCAGUGCUCAGAUUUUAAGUGUGCACCACCAUGCCUGCCUUUUUAUGUGGGUUCUGGUGACUGAACUCAGGUACUGCAUGCACUUCAACUGAGCCAUCUCUCCAGCUCAAGUUUUUAAAAAUACUUUAUCAUACCUGCUAAAAUUCCUAUAAAAUUUAAUAACUUUUGUAUUCUGUAAGUUUUGAAAAAUAAAGAGUUUAAUCUGUUAAUUUGAGAAGAGU